UAGAGGGAGUUUCGGGAGUUACAUCCACCAUCCAAUGCUAGAGAAGGACGAGUAUUGGGGAUAUUCUGUUAGUUGCAGCUCUGAGAAGACGUCAGAUGGACGAGGAAAUGGCAGGCAACGAUACAGAUUGGGAAAAGAAUAUUACAGUAACGGAUACUUCCAUUAUAAAUAUAGAAGAACAAAUCCGUCUGAUACUGCUUUAUAGUAUCAUAUUUUUAUUAGCUAUUGUAGGGAAUGGACUAGUUAUAAUAACUUUAGCUAUAAAUAAGAGAAUGAGGACCGUAACAAAUGUAUUCCUUCUUAAUUUAGCAAUUAGUGAUCUUCUUCUUGGUGUUUUUUGCAUGCCAUUUACAUUAGCGGGUGUGCUGUUAAGAAAAUUUAUCUUUGGUGAAGUCAUGUGUCGACUCAUCCCUUAUUUACAAGCCGUGUCGGUGAGUGUAAGUGCUUGGACAUUAGUAGCCAUGUCUAUCGAGCGCUACUAUGCCAUUUGUCACCCUUUAAAAUCUAGAGAAUGGCAAACGUUGUCACACGCCUAUAGGAUGAUUGGAGUGGUUUGGGCAGCUUCCCUUCUUUGUAUGCUACCCAUAUCUGUACUUAGUCAACUUCAACCUAUAAGAGAUACUG